AUGGGAGGUCCGAAUAUUUUGAUCACGGGCACGCCCGGCACCGGAAAGACCACGCUGGCCGAGCUCGUCGCCAGCAUGACGGGCCUGCGCCACAUCAACGUCGGACAGUGGGUCAAGGACAAGGAACUGCACCAGGGCUGGGACCAGGAGCACCAGAGCUUCAUCAUCGACGAAGACAAGGUCGUGGACGAACUCGAGCCUCUUUUGGGCGAGGGCGGCAACGUCGUGGACCACCACGGGUGCGACUUCUUCCCAGAAAGGUGGUUCCAGCUGGUCGUGGUGCUCCAGACGGACAACACGGAGCUGUGGGGCCGCUUGGAGCGGCGCGGGUACCCGGAGGCGAAGGUCAAGGAGAACGUGGAGGCGGAGAUCUUCAUGGUUGUUGCAGAGGAGGCGUCCGACUCAUACAAGCCGGAGAUCGUCAAGUACCUCCGCAGCGACAAGGUGGAGGAGGUGGAGGCGAACGCGGAGUGGAUCGCGGAGUGGGUCGCCGCGAACAGCUAG